AUGCUCCCGUCAGUGCAAGAAAGAUUUGAUAAUGAUUCAACACGUGUCGAUGUUGGCGGUGCAUCUGGCCAACCAAAUGGUACAAUGCCGAGUUUACCUUCGCCCACGAUGCCCACAUUCAACAUGGCAGCACAAACUCCGAAUGGCCAACCGGCUGGAAACGAAGGUGUAUAUACCAAUGGGAUUCCGCAAUCAUACCCAGCUCAUGCGCUACAUCUGUCCAUUCCAGCGCAAGGUCUGCCUAAUGGAGAGGCGGCUUUACAGCAUGCAGCGUACCAAGGAAUGCAACCUUACCCAGGUGUUGCAGCUUACCCUGCAGUCUAUGGCCAAUUCCCUCAGGCCAUUCCGCAGCCAAUGUCGGCAGUUGCUCCUGCACAAAGAGAAGGCUGUUCCAUAUCCGGUCCAGAGGGUUGCAACCUUUUCAUUUACCACUUACCGCAAGAGUUUGGAGAUGCCGAACUAAUGCAAAUGUUUCUGCCCUUUGGAAACGUAAUCAGUUCAAAAGUAUUUAUUGACCGUGCCACAAAUCAGAGCAAAUGUUUUGGGUUUGUAUCGUUUGAUAACCCGACAAGCGCUCAAGCUGCCAUCCAAGCAAUGAAUGGCUUCCAAAUCGGCAUGAAAAGACUAAAGGUUCAAUUAAAGCGGCCCAAAGAUGCAAACAGGCCGUACUAA